AUGUGGUAUGACGAACGGCUGGCAAAAAGUAAGCACUCAUUAAAUCCAGAAUUCACAAGGUGUUGUAUGAAAGGGAAGGUAGUGCUGCCAUUUCUAUCAAAACCACCUCUUCUUUUAUAUAAUCUGCUUCAUGGUAUAGAUCCCCGAUCGAAACACUUUAAGGAAAAUAUUAGGGCAUAUAAUAGUAUGUUUGCCUUUACUUCGAUUGGUGGAAAGGUGGAAACGACUGUCAACAAUGGAGGGGGCCCACCCCAAUUUGUCCUCAGCGGUCAAAAUUAUCACCGGAUAGGUACCCUAUUACCUCAACCCGGCGAAAUGCCGAAAUUUGCUCAACUAUAUAUAUAUGACACUCAGAAUGAAAAUGCAAAUAGAAUGAAACCGUUUAAUUCAUUAAAGGAAGCUGAUAAAUUGGAUAUAUCAUUAGUUGAUGAAUUGAAGCAAAUGAUUGAUGAGAGUAAUGUUUUGGCUAAAUCAUUUCGCAAAGUGAGAGAUUAUAUCAAUUAUACACAAGGUUCAGCGUUUGCUUUGAGACUUUUUCGCAAACGAGGUAAGGACCCUAGAACAUAUAACCUUCCCACGUCUGAUGAAAUAGCUGCACUUAUUGUAGGGGAUUUUGACACAGUAGAAGUUGGCAGAGAUAUCAUUGUAAAAAAAGAGGGGGUUCUAACUAGGAUUCACGAAACUCACACUUCGUUUAUUCCAUUACAAUAUCCGUUGAUGUUUCCUUUUGGUGAAGAUGGUUGGCAAGAAGAUAUCCCUUUAUCUGGUAUUGCUGCAUCAACUAGCUCUCGAGUCAAACCUCGCGUCACAUUGAGGGAAUUCAUAUGCUUCAGAAUACAAGAGAGGAAUAAUGAAAAUGGGAAUGUUUUAUUAUGUCGAAGGCUUUUUCAACAGUUUGUGGUUGAUUGUUAUACAAUGUUAGAAUCUCAAAGGCUUUCAUAUCUUCGCAACAACCAAAAACUUAUUCGAGCUGAUUUUCUAAGUGGUCUUGAAGAAGCCAUGUCUAGGGGUGAAACUGACUCGAGUUCUUUAGGGACGCGUAUUGUGUUACCGGCAUCAUUUGUUGGUGGGAAACGGUAUAUGUUUGAUUGUUGCCAAGAUGCAAUGGCUAUAUGCAAGCGCUUUGGUUAUCCCGAUCUUUUCAUUACUAUGACCUGCAAUUCUUUGUGGAAAGAAAUUGACAGGUUUGUUCGAGAACGAAACCUACGAGCUGAUGAAAGACCUGAUGUUUGUUGUCGAGUGUUUAAAAUCAAGCUAGACCACUUAAUAGCAACGCUGCAAAGUGGUAUUAUUUUUGGUCCUCUACAAGCAGGGAUGUAUACAAUUGAAUUUCAGAAAAGAGGAUUACCACACGCGCAUAUUUUCGCUGAAAUUCCUGACAAGAAGGUAUAUCCUAAAUUAAACAAAGUUGUAUCUACUUAUAUGCUGCAUGGCCCGUGCGGUCCUGGUUAUGGUAAAUCUCCUUGCAUGGCAAAUGGAAAAUGCAGCAAAUUUUUUCCUAAGAAAUUCCAAGAAACCACAUUAAUUGAUGAAGAGGGUUAUCCUAUAUAUAAAAGGAGAGAUUCAGGAAUUUAUGUUGAGAAGAAAGGGAUUCGCAUGGACAAUAGUUACGUUGUCCCUUACAAUCCUCAACUUCUGAUGCUAUACAAUGGUCACAUCAAUGUAGAAUACUGCAACAAGUCAAAUGCGAUCAAAUACCUGUUCAAAUAUGUCAGCAAAGGGCCAGAUAGAGUAAAUGUUGAGAUUUCCAAUCACAAAAAUGAUUCCACAGAUCCUGAGGUGAAAGACGAGAUUAAGCAAUAUUAUGAUUGCAGAUAUUUGACUCCAUGUGAAGCUGUUUGGCGGACCUUCGGCUAUUACAUUCAUGUUAAGUGGCCGUCGGUUAAGAAAAUGACCUUUCACCUACCAAAUAAGCAAAGUGUUUGUUUUAGAGAUCAUGGUGAUUUGAACCACAUUGUUGAAAAAGCCUCUGAUAAAGACACUAUGUUUAUAGCGUGGAUGAAAGCCAAUGAUAUCUAUGAAGAGGGAAAAGCCUAUACAUAUGCAGAGUUCGCAUCAUAUUUUGUUUAUGAUGAGGACAACCAAACAUGGCAUCCAAGGAAAAAAGGACACUCUAUUGGAAGACUCCAAUAUAUCCCUCAUGGAGUUGGAGAACUUUACUACUUGAGAGUUCUACUAACUAUACAGAAAGGUUGCACAAGUUGGGAGAGCAUUCGAACCAUUGAUGGUGUUGUAUGUCCAUCAUUUCAAGACGCAUGUUAUGCAUUAGGAUUGUUAGCUGAUGACAAAGAAUUUAUAGAUGCAAUAAUUGAAGCAAAUGAUCUAGCAUCAGGUAUUCAGCUUCGGAAGUUCUUUGUCAUGUUGCUUACUACAAACACUAUGAGCAAGCCUGAAUUUGUGUGGGAGAAAAGUUGGAGGAUUUUAGCUGACGGGAUAGUUUAUGAAAGGAGGAAAAAGCUACGCAUUCCAGAUCUACAUGUAAAUGAUGAGGAUCUGAGAAAUCUUUGUUUAGCAGAACUGGAGAAGUUGCUGAAUAUGAAUGGAAGGUCAUUAAAAGAUUAUUCAUGCCUCCCCUUUCCUGAUUUAUUUGAUGUCAGCCAGUAUGAGAACAAAUUAGUAGCUGAUGAGUUGAAUUAUGAUAGAGCUGAGAUGGAAGGUUUGCACGAUUCAUUACUCAAUUCACUAACUUCAGAACAACAACAAAUAUACAAGUCCGUAAUGGAUGCUGUUAAAAGUAAGGUUGGAGGUCUGUUUUUUUUAUAUGGAUUUGGAGGUACUGGUAAAACGUAUCUGUGGAAUACGUUAUCUGCUGCAGUAAGGGCACAAGGAUUGAUUGUAUUAAAUGUUGCUUCAAGUGGAAUUGCAUCAUUACUUCUACCUGGGGGAAGAACUGCGCAUUCUCGAUUUUCUAUUCCCAUUUCUAUAAAAGAGAGCUCAACUUGCAAUGUGGCGCAGGGUUCUUUAAAAGCAGAGUUGUUACAAAAAACAAGUCUGAUCAUAUGGGAUGAAGCACCAAUGCUUAAUAGAUUUUGUUUUGAAGCCCUGGACAGGACUUUAAAUGACAUAAUGAAGUCGCACCCAAGUGGUACUAAUGGCAUGCCUUUUGGUGGUAAAGUUGUUGUGUUGGGGGGAGACUUCAGGCAAAUAUUGCCAGUUAUACAGAAAGGAAGUCGCUGUGAUAUAGUGAAUGCGACCAUAAAUUCGUCAUAUCUUUGGAAGAAGUGUUAUGUUCUUAAAUUGACAAAAAACAUGAGGCUGACAAGUUCUCAAUCCCUUGAUGAAAACAUGGAGAUUACAAAGUUCGCUGAUUGGCUACUGGACAUUGGUGAUGGGAAAUUGAAUCCAAAUGGGGAUGGAGAAUCUAUCAUUCAGAUACCAGACGACCUUCUUAUUCUUGACUCAGAUAAUCCAAUUCAAAGUUUGAUUGAUUUUUCUUACCCUCAUAUGUUGGAGAACUUGAGAAAAAAGAACUACAAAUUCUUUGAAGAACGUGCUAUAUUGGCCCCCACUUUAGAAAGUGUAGAAGCAAUCAACAAUGAGAUGCUAUCUAAAAUACCAGGAGAGGUUAGAGAAUAUUUGAGUUGUGAUUCUACUUGCAAGUCAGAUGAAGAUUCCGAGGUUGAAGCAGAGUGGUUCACAAGUGAGUUCUUGAAUAAUAUUCAAUGUUCCGGCAUACCAAAUCACAAAUUGACUUUAAAGGUCGGUGUCCCUAUCAUGUUGUUGCGCAACAUUGACCAAGCAGGUGGACUUUGUAAUGGCACAAGAAUGAUUGUUAAGGAAUUGGGCAAAAAUGUCAUUGUUGCAUAUGUUGUUUCUGGGAAGCAGUUAGGGGGGAAAGUGCUUAUAUCUAGAAUGGAUUUAGUUCCUUCCGACUCCGGUGUUCCAUUUAAAUUUGUCAGGCGACAAUUUCCAAUCUCUUUAUGUUUUGCAAUGACUAUUAAUAAAAGCCAAGGUCAGACGUUAUCUCAUGUCGGUUUGUAUCUACCCAAACCAGUGUUUACUCAUGGUCAGUUAUAUGUGGCACUAUCAAGGGUAAAGUCAAGAAAAGGUUUGAAAAUUUUGAUUUUGGAUGAAGAUGGGUUAAUCUCGACUGUGACAAAAAAUGUGGUAUACAAGGAGGUUUUUAAUAAUCUUUGA